GUAACUGGGGUCGCAUAACCGCGAAGAAACUGACAUUCAAGUGGCAGUGGCGAUAAAAUAAUCUGUUGCGAUAAGCGUAUAAUUGCGACGAGAACAAUUUACUUUAAAAUAUAUAAUCUGAACUGUACUGUAAUAAUAGAUCUCCAUGUGGAAGAUAAAGUCGUCGACUAGUUUAUUGGGUGUGGAUGUUUGUGUGAAAGUAUUUUUAAAACAAGGUCGACAUGUUUGGAGGAUGCUGUGAAUCGACCGAUUUCCAACUAAUUAAAAGGCGCCUAAAAAAUUUCGCCAAAGAACUCAAAGGUUUGGGCUCUAAGCAGCUGACAUCUCGCGAAGAGCGCCGUUUACGUGAAAGAUUUCAAGAGAUCAUUCACAUUAUUGAGCGCAAGAAAGGCAAGAUUCCUCCAAGAGAAUAUAAAAAGUUGUGGGUCAAGGUCGACGAAUUUCGCCAAAAUUUUCAGCAUUUUGGAUUUUUUGAAAUGGAACCACCGACGAACAGAGAGUUCGAUGUACCAGACAACCAGGUGGAAGAAAACAAGAACUUGAGGUCCGCCACAGCAGGAAAGGGUGACGAAGAACAUACAGAAAAGAGCGAUUGGUCUAACCCCAGUAAUGAGUACAUUGCAAUCAAAAGCCACCUGGAAAAUUUGAUAACAUUUUCUAAGAAUGUGGAUUCUGAAAGUACAGAGGAUUGGUUAAUACAACAAAAAGAACUUUUUGCAAAGAUAUCAAAGAAUACGUUUCUUUCUGACGAACAGCGUCGUGAGUUGUUAAUUUUAUGUAAACGAUAUAAAACGGAUCUUGAAAACACAAAAAGAAAGACCAAGGAUGAGGACCUAAUGGAACAUUAUGAUGCCACAGGCACACAAAAUUAUAAAGCGUUUUCUACGAAUUAUUCCGUGCAGAACUCUGGGUGUUGGAACAAACCCUCCAGUGAUUCUAAAUCGAGUACUUCGGACCCCAGCUAUUUUAAUAGAUACAAUAAAGAAAUAAAUCAGGUAUCCCAAAAUCCCAAUUUUCCAAAGAGUGAUGAGUUAGCAAGAGUCCAUAGAUCAAGUCACAAGACCAAUUUCGGUUUCAAUCCAAGCACGAAAGGAGCAUCUUUCGAAAAAGAUCAAACCAAAUAUGAGGAAGAAAUGGAUCACGAAAUGGUCCCAGAACAGACAACACAAACCCGAUCUGGAAAAUUACCCACUGCUUAUACGAGAACCGUAGAAUUAGUUUCAGGAAUGCCGAGACCCACUAUAAAUAAUUCGUGUGAGGAACAACAUCCAGUUGAAGAAACUGGUAAAAACACCCGAAUCCACCAAGACCCAGAAACCGAAAUUCAAGACACCAAACGUGGGCGAAGAGAAGAAAGUGCAGCUGAAAGAAUCAGACACAGUGUCAGACAUAAUGAAGAUGAAAAUUGUGCCCGAAAACAAAAUGGUCAUCAGAAGCAUCAUUGUCCUAGCUAUCAUGACCCUCACCUGAUUGGUAAAAAAGAGGGCAAGGUGUACCAAGAUGAUUCACUCAGAACUGAAGAUGUACAGUUCGAACCACAUUUCCAUAAUAAUAUUUCAGGUACUAAAAACUUUAAUAGACCAGAUGGAUCCUUAGGAAGUUGUGGCGACCACGUUUAUUCAAAUUCCAGUACAGAAUACACAAGAAACAAUUCAAACCACCAAUAUUCUUCUUCAAACUUAAGCGAUAAUCCUCAGUCCCGACACCGUGGUGUUCUAGAAAUAGCCCAAGAGGCCAAGGAAGACGAACCUUUGCAGAUCCUCGACGUUCACAAGUAUUUUCGCGACGACAUCGACUGGAACAAGAUAGAUUCCUUCGAUUUCCCGGAACGAAUAGAGGCGAUUUCCAGCCACGCCGGGACCUUCAAGCCCCAAAUAGAAUCCUUCGAAGAAGAAAAAUACUCCUUGGAGUACUUCGUCAUCGACGAAAAACUAAUGCGUCUGAUCGAAAAACUGGACAAAAUCAAGUGCCAAGACAACCCGACUCUUACCCACAAGAAAAUCGAAGUGAUAGAAUAUAUAAAAAAUUUGCAGUCCCUUCUGGACGAACGCGCCAAAGAAUAAUAAACAUACAAGUACUU